GUUGUGCUGUGUUGACUUGCUAGCAAUAUCAUCGUCACGACACAGGUUCUCACAAUGCGAUCAUUGGCAUUUUAUUUUCUUCUGUUUUAUUUUGAACUUGAAACUUAUGCCGCUCCUGCGGCCUCCUCGGUUGAAAAGGCAUCCAAAUUGGCUAAAAGGAAAAGUUCCAGACGUGUCAAUAUUUUGCCUGACCCAGCUGAGGUCCUGAUAAUACCAGAUAUUUCUGAGCCAAAUGCGGAAGCUAUUCUGCGAGAUUUGGGUUACAACGAAAUCGAUCAAAAUGAUGACGACCUCCGGAUCAUCGGGCUUACGGAUUCUUCGGAACGUGCUCUGAGUGAGAUUAUAAGCAUCUUCCAGCACGAUAACGACAUACCGGUGACAGGCGUUUUGGACGAUGAAACGAAACUGGCCAUCGGGAGGCCCCACUGUGGGUCGAAGAAAAGUGCCAAACUUAAAGGUGCCGAUCGAAAGUGGAGCAAAAACGUUCUGACGUACAGCAUAGAAAACUAUCCACGAGGCAAACGGAUGGCUCCCAUCCAGUCGAUGCUAUUGAAGGCAUUCAACGAAUGGAGCAAGGUGACGAACUUGGAUUUUGUGGAGGUGGAUGGUGUGGAUGCCGAUAUUGAAAUCAACUUCGGCGGACGAAUUCAUAAGCAGCGGGGAAGUCGAUGCACUUUCGACGAUCCGAAUACCUUAGCGCACGCAUUCUUCCCAGAAGUCGGUGACAUUCAUUUUCAUAAUAAAUAUUUCUUCAACGAUGAAGACGUCACGAUGGAGGACUUCCUGGAUACGGCCAUGCAUGAGAUCGGGCAUUCGCUAGGACUGGAGCAUUCUCGGUCGAAGGCAUCGCUGAUGCAUCCUACCGAGAGCAAUCGAUUCAAUGAGCCACAACCUAUUGAUAUCAAAAAUAUUCAAGUUAUGUACGGCGUUCGAAGAGGGGGAAGAUCGAUGAACAUCGACGCUCCCAAGUUGUGUUCGUUAGAGAAAAUUGACGCGGCCAUUCAAGAAUCAGACGGAAACUUGUACAUUUUUGCCGGGAAUUUCUACUACAAUUUGAACGAAAAGCGUCCUAUUGGACGUUUAAUCUCGUCGAAGUGGCCGGGGCUUCCAGGAAAUAUCGACGCCGCCCUGCGCUACGGUGACGGGCGCAGCUACUUCUUCAAGGGUAAUAAAUACUGGCGCUUUGCGGACGGUCGAUUGAAUGCGGGUCACCCACGGUUGAUCAGCGAAGGAUUCCGGGGGCUGCCUAGCGACAUCGAUGCCCUGAUGAGUGACGAGGAUGGGGAUAUAUUCGCGAUGAAAGGUAACCAGUACUGGGUCUACGAUGUGAGCAAGCGGCGCGUCGGAUCGGAGUAUCCUGCCAAAAUGCGAGACAUGGGAUUGCCGAACAACGUCGAUGCAGCGUUGGAUACCGAAGAUGAGGUGGUGGCGUUCAGGGGUGGGUUGAAGUACGUUUUACAACAGAAUGGGAGAUUCAAGGUGGACGAGAAUGAUUGGUUGGUAUGUGCACAAUAAGGGUUUUAUACAAAUGUCGUAACAAUAACUCUAUUGAAAUAAAUGAGGGUUAAGUAAGAAGUUGGAAGUUUUGUCGCACAAAAAAGAUUAUUCCUCAGGCAAAGAAUGAGAAACUUGAACGUGUGUAAUCUAACCCCCACUGUCUGGCAGUGAUAUUAUAUGGA